AUUCAAUUCUUCUGAAAAUGGACUACGAAAAUCAUGAUGUUUGCGAGAAAAUAAUCAACGAUAUUGAUGCUGUUUUCAACAAAGACCCAAAUCUAUCAACGUUUGAGAUCAUCAAUGUUGAUGAAAGUCAAACAAAAAAUAAAACACCUGUCGUUCAUGUAGACAAUCACUUGGGGUUGGAAUCAUGGUGCUGUCCUUGUGUCUACAAGCAUGCUCAUCAGAUUAUUUUAGCAGCAGUUAAGAAAUAUCCACAUCAUUUGUCGUGCCAAACUCAUGAAGGAAAUGGAAAUGAUCAACCACAUCAUCCGUUCAACCAUACAUUGGUUAAAUAUCUGAAUUGUGCACUACUGAUAAAUCCCGAUGUGAGCACCUUUUGGAAUGCUAGACGGCGACUAUUGCAAAAAGAUCGCCUGGACAUUGGCCGCGAAUUCAAAUUUUCGGCUAUUGUCUUGAGCAAAAAACCAAAAUCAAAUGAUGCAUUUUUCUAUCGUCGUUGGUUGUUUUCAUUUCAAAGCCAUGAGUCAAUUGAUUGGACGCGUGAAUUAAGCUUAUGUGAGCGCUGUGCAUCGAAAAGUUUGAGUAACUAUCAAGCAUGGGCACAUCGACAAUGGGUUCUACAAAAGGCACCAUUUCUGUUGCAAUACGAACUACAAACAACUGAACGUUUCAUCAGAAAGCAUAUAGGUGAUUACAGUGGCUAUUUUCAUCGACAAUUUGUUUUAUACAAAAUGAAUGAAUUGAUUUACUUUGAACAUGAGCCAAUCAACGAAGGUAAUUUGGCUCAAUAUACUGCACUUAUCAAUUAUCUCGCGUCGAUUGGUUCAACGGACGCUGAAAAGAUACGCAACCAAUUACUCACGGCGAACGGAGAUUAUCAUAAGCCUGCAUGGAAAAUACUCAUGAAAAUCAUUAUACCGCAACGUGAUUGUGAUUCCGAUAACGAUCGAAUCAAAUCAUUUUUAUACUGCUUGAAUGUGGCGGCAUACGAUUUAAAAUUCACCAGUGAACUAAAAGAAAUGUUCGGAUAUCGAGAAGCAUUCGAGUGCCAUAGACGGGCCAUCAUUCGAUUUUUAGCCGAACAAUGUGCUGAUUGGGCAGUAAUUCCAUUGUUAUUGAAUGCAGUAUCAAAAUCUUAGGCAGUUUUAAUAAAUAAUAAAACUAUUUCUAAUGCUUACUAAGCGCUGCUUAGUGACAAUAGCUGAAUUUUUCUUGUUCAUUGUUACCUAUAUAUUUACUUUAAGAAACCGAAUUUUAAAUGCUCCGCUCAAAUUCUGUUUUAAUCUUAUCAAAUAAUUACACACGUUUGUUUUCAAUCAAUUUGAA